AAAACACACACACGACCAUGAAGCGAUGGAAAUAAAAAGGAAUUGAAAAGCGAGGGAAAUCAAACGCCCUAUAAAAUAAAAAACCCUAAAAUAAAAAUAAAAUAAAUCCCCAGCAAAGUGCAGUGUUAAACCGUACGAGUCAUUUAAACUGAACUUGAUGACAUGCAUCAACAUAAUAAUAAUAGUAAUAAUAUCCAUUCCUUUUUCAUUCUUCACACUUCAUUGUUGAAUCAUUUUUCUUCGGAACCCUUUCCGAAGCAUAGUUCCUAAACUUCUAUGGCGAUGCUGCUUCGGAACACAUCCUUUCUCACACGCUCUCUAUUCGCUGCUCAGGUUCACACACGCUCUCUAUUCGCUGCUCAGGGUUUUAAACUAGGACUAUCCAGCACUUUUCAGGUUUUGAGCUUUUCAUCCAAAGGUAGAAGGCGUUCCAAAUCUGAUGGAAGUGACUCAGGUGAAGAAAACAUGUCUAAGAAAGAUUUGGCCCUUAAGCAAGCUCUUGAUCAGAUCACUUCUACAUUUGGAAAAGGAUCUAUCAUGUGGCUUGGACGCUCUGACUGGCCAAAAGAUGUACCUGUUGUGUCUACUGGUUCUUUUGCUCUUGAUAUAGCACUAGGAAUUGGUGGACUUCCAAAGGGACGUGUUGUGGAAAUAUAUGGUCCAGAGGCUUCUGGGAAAACAACUCUUGCUUUACAUGUGAUUGCAGAGGCACAGAAGCAAGGAGGCUAUUGUGUCUUUGUUGAUGCUGAACAUGCCCUUGAUAAGACACUUGCAGAGUCUAUUGGUGUGAAUACUCAGAACUUGCUUCUCUCACAACCAGAUUGUGGUGAACAAGCACUUAGUCUUGUGGACACCUUAAUCCGUAGUGGUUCAGUUGAUGUAAUUGUUGUUGACAGUGGCUCAAUAAACAAGGUAGCUGCUCUUGUUCCUAAAGGUGAGCUUGAUGGUGAGAUGGGUGAUGCUCACAUGGCAAUGCAAGCUAGGUUGAUGAGCCAGGCACUUCGAAAAUUGAGCCACUCCUUGUCACUUUCUCAAAGUAUAUUGAUUUUUAUAAACCAGGUGAGAUCAAAGCUUUCUACUUUUGGGGGAUUUAGUGGGCCCACUGAAGUGACUUGUGGUGGUAAUGCGUUGAAAUUCUAUGCUUCUGUGCGGCUUAAUAUUAAGAGAAUAGGAUUUGUCAAGAAGGGUGAAGAGGUUGUAGGAAGCCAGGUUCUUGUCAAGGUAGUGAAGAACAAGCUUGCCCCUCCAUUUAAAACUGCCGAGUUUGAGCUUCAAUUUGGCAAGGGUAUAUGUAGAGAAGCAGAGAUUAUAAAGUUGAGCUUAAAAUACAAACUCAUUUCAAAGGCUGGUUCUAUGUAUUACUUUAACGAACAUAAUUUCCGUGGUGUGGAUGCUCUCAGGAAUUUCCUAGCUGAGAAUUAUAGUGCUUUAGAAGAACUGGAAAUGAAGAUUAGGGAGAAGAUUCUUAAACCUGAGACAGAUAAGGUAACAGAGUCAGAUGGAGAUGUUACGGAAGAAAUUGCAACUCUCGAUUCUACUGACAGAGAUGCCGCAGCUGUUGUAGAGGCAUGAAUUUUUUACUGAACUUAAAAGUAUACGGCGACUCACACAAAUUCUAUUUUUCCUGCCACAAUCUGGAUCCUUGUGAUUGAGGUAUGUUGUAGGCUAUAAAAUGGGCCAUAAAAUUGUUCAGUCAAAAGAAGGUCCUAAGAAGUGAGUUAUACAUGCCUCUAAUACUUCUAGGUUGGAAUCUCAUCACUGAGUUUGAUUACUCUAAGUGGAAGGUGUAUUUAGAAAAGGUAAAGUUUAAAGUUUGGAAUUAUAACCGUCGAGGAAAAAUUAACAAUCCAGAUUGUAAUAGAAUAUGUUUACAUGUAUGGAAGUUAUUUAGUUGUAAUCUGUUCUGAAUUUUCAGUUAACAGUUAUUAUUUGUAUUUUAGUUUUUAAACUACACCCUUCAUUAUAGAAGAGUCAACCCCUUGAUCA